UAAUUCAAAUUCUUCUUUGUUUCAUAUAAAAAAUGACAACUUUAGGUCGUAUUUACGUAUCUUUAUAGAAUAUCAUUUUUUCCUACACCUAUUUUUCGUUAAAAUUCUAUCAUAAAUAAUUAUUAACGAAAAAAUUGAAAAGAAAUAGGGGGUUGAAUAGUUCCUAGUAAAAUGCCAGCCAGUUACAGCUGUGGUCUGCUACUCUAAAAAUGGCGCAUAUUUGCUCUUGUCCGCACAAUAAACAACUUUCGGUUUCGAUUUGCAAAACUUGACAUAUGGGGUGUAUAAACAUGGAAACCGUCUCAUUUCAUGCAGAAUGUAUUCUAGCAGUGAAAACUUGUGAUUGAAGCACUCGUUUUACACGAAAUUGCGCUAAAAGUGGGAAAAUUAAGAUCUAUUUGAUUUGGACUUCUUUCUACUACACAACGGAAGCACAUUUUCGACCGAAUUAUUGGCCUUAUUCCUGGUAAUCUGUUGUUUGGGGAUCUAUACUCCGCACAUAUUUCGUGUAGGCAGGUUUGUAAAAGCCUUCAGAAUUAAAUAUUAACUUGUUAUUGUAUGAUGAUGAGAUGAAUUUAAAGUUUAUAAGCCUAGGCCGAUGAGUCAAUUUGAAUAUCGCUUUUAUCAGACCCAAUUGACAUGGAUAUUAACCAAUACUUUCAUAAAGCAAGUGAUUUACAUUAUGCCUACAUGUAACUUAAAAACGAACAACAUGGUUAAUAUCUCAGUAAGACUGUUUUGUGGGAAAAAUGCACAAUUUUAUUGAAAUCUUAUGGAGCUGUGGAUUUGUUUACGCGUUUAUGCAAACCAGAAAUAAUCGUCUGAUUUUGAUCUAUUAUACGCAAUUUACUGUGAGUCUAGCAGGAUAAUAAAAUACAGUCUCAGUAAAUGAUAUAGAAAGAAAGUAGUGCUUCUACGUCAGAUGUACAUGAACCUUUCGAAAGGUACUAACUUUAAAAAAUGCAAAGAUAUACUUAAAGUACCCACACUACCUCGCAGGAUGUGCAAGAAAUGCUAAUUAAAUCCAUAAAAUGAUCUUUUCGAAGCAUAGAACAAAACCAGACAUAACAAGAGUUGGUUGCUCAAGAGUGGUAAAUAGAUGCUGGCGCAAGUGGAAAUCCAUAAUAAAGAUAAUAUUAAUUAUCUCCAAGAUCGAAAACGACCAAAUAUCAUUUUAAGAAAACAUUAUAUAUGCACAUAAAGAACGAUUACUUCGUAAAUAUUAUAAAUGAAUUAAAUGUUCGCUUGUAUUGUAGGGAGUGCAGACAAUGUCUUUUUACUAAAACAAGACAGCCUUCCAAUUGUGCCAACAGUUAAGCCUCCAGGGCCGAAUUUAGGUGAAAUUGUCAGAAGUCUAUUUCCGGAAACUUGGAUUUGGGAUGAGUAUAAUAUCGGUGCCUCUGGAGAAAUCAGCAUUCACAGAACAGUUCCUGACUCUCUUACAACCUGGGUGACAUCAGUGUUUGCAGUCAACCCAACUACAGGAUUCGGAAUAUGCUCUGAUAAACCAGAGUUUACAGUCAAGAAGAACUUUUUUCUAACUAUGGAUCUUCCAGCUUCUAUCAUCCUCGGCGAAGAAUUUCUUUUGCAAAUAACUGCAUUUAAUUACUUACCAUUUCUACAACAGGUGUUUUUGCAAGUAAUUUUAUCUGAGGAUCCGAAUCAUCCGAUCCCUGCUGCUACCAUUGUGCAAGCAGGAGAGGGACAUUCAACUUUCGUGUUUGUCACCCCUAAGUCACUUGGAGAUUUAAAUAUAACAGUGAUGGCGCGAACUGGUUUCUUUUCAACCUCAGUUUCUGACAUCCUGGUCAAAACUGUCUCUGUCAGGCCUAAUGGCGUGUUCAAAACUGUCAAUGAACAACAUUUGAUAGACGUAAACUCAGACAAUGAGCCUAUUAUAAAAACUUUCGGGUUAGAAGGCCCCGUAGACAUGGUUGAAGGAACAAAAAUAUCGAAAAUAAAAAUUACUGGAAAUUUUAUGAUUCCUAGCCUUGAGGGUCUACAUAACCUGAUACGAAUACCAUAUGGUUGUGGAGAACAAACGAUGCUGAAUUUUGCUCCUGCUAUCUAUAUAACAAAGUAUCUGAAAACAGUCGGGAAAUUGACACCGGAAAUUCAAAAGAAAUCUACUGAAAGUCUCAAGACAGGACUUCAAAAGGAACUUAAAUAUCAGCAUAACGACGGUUCAUUCAGUGCAUUCGGUAACAUAGACCCAUCAGGUAGUUCAUGGUUGACAGCUUUUGUACUGAAAUGUUUCGGCCAAGCUGAUGGACUUAUUCAAAUUGAUGAAGUUAUAAUGUCCAAAGCUAUGAACUGGCUGUUGUCUUGUCAGCAAUCUGACGGCUCUUUCCGUGAGCCUGGAAGAGUUAUACAUACGAGCAUGCAAGCGGGCACUGCCUCGGGAAUAAAGAUGACAGCAUUUAUUUUGAUAUCUUUGCUAGAGAACAAAAACAUAUCAUCAGUCCUGGGUUACAAGCUCGAUAAUGCAAUCACCAAAGGCAAGACAUAUUUAGAAUUGAGGCUGCACACUGCUGAUGACGCAUACAAUCUAGCCAUUGUUUGCUAUGCCCUGGCAAGUGCCAGUAGUUCACACGGUUCAACGUGUUUUAAGAAACUGAAGAUGGCUGCUACAAUUGACGAUGAUAAAAAGUACUGGACGGCAUCAACAGCAGUUGCAAAAAGAGAAACAGGUGAUCGAUCUCUUGCAAAAAGAGCUCCAUCUGCAGACAUAGAAGCGUCCUCAUAUGCUCUUUUGACUUACAUGAAACUAGGAAGAACAUCUGAAGCUUUCCCAAUUGUGAAAUGGCUUGUUUCUCAACGUAAUCCAACAGGGGGAUUUCGUUCAACUCAGGACACAAUCGUUUCUUUGCAAGCUCUCUCCGAUUUUUCAAGCAGUGUCGGCACUGGACCAGCUUCGGAUUAUGGUGUACAUUUCAGUAUCUUGAGCGGUCAAGAUUCCAUCGACUCAUACUCGGCGACCCCUUCUACUUUCGAUGUCGUGCACAGUAUAGAGAUACCAAACGCGCUGAACAGUGUCGAUAUACAGAUCACAGGGACUGGUUUAGCGGUCAUUGAUGUUACAACUUCCUUUUACGUGACUGGUAAUGAGCUUGAUGACUACAUUGCUGUUGAUGUUUCAAUAACAAAAGAGACGAUAAAUACAGUGACGGUUAAGGCAUGUUUGAGUUGGACUGGACCAGAACAAAGUGGUAUGCUGAUAAUGGAAGUUGAAAUUCCGACUGGAUUUCAACCUGAUAAUGAUUUUCUGAAAGCGCAGAGUUUGAUAAAACGACAUGAAGCGAAUGGACGGAAUAUCGCUCUUUACUUCGAUGGCGUUGACAAGAAUGGGGAAGUAUGUGUUGAUGUUAAAAUGGACAGAAAAGACCCAGUUGUAAAAAGUCAAGCAUGCCAUGUAUCAGUGUAUGACUAUUACGACCCAGCCCACCAAGCAAUGACCAGAUAUGAAUUUGGAAUGUUAAAAGAAGCAAAUAUUUGUCUAGUGUGCCCACUUUGUGAAUUUUGCAUGGGCAAUGGAAGCGGUGGAAAGGUUGGUGUCGGACGUUAGGUCUGCGGAGGGAAAUGUCGUUUCAUCGUAACCUCCUGAAGACGCUUUUCAUUUAUUUCGGCAAAUCAUACUGACGGAUAUGGACAGUUUUAUAAAGCCUUCUGUAAAAUACUCCUUGUGGAAAAUCUUAUUUUAACUGUUUACUAACGGAAUUUGACUAACUGGUGAUAUAUUAUGCUAAAAAAUCAAUUUCCUCUUGGUCUUGAUCAGUAAUAUAGUUGUAAGAGCUAUCUUUUUUGAUGUGCUCACUGUUUCUGAUCAGUGACAUUGUAAGAAUAUCAUUAUAUAUUUGCUUAAGGAUUUAUACCAAUAAUACUAUUACAGUAAAUAGUGUUAUUGUUACUUUUUAAUCACAUACUUAUAUUUUCAUAACGAUUGUCAAACACAAAUUGAGAUGCAUCAAACAGGGAAUGUAUCCUCUUUCCGUUACCCUGCUAAAUUUCUAUAAUUAACUUGUCAAUCUUCAAACUUGGACAGUACCAUUAACUGUUAUAAUGGGUGCUUACCAAAAAGAUACUAAUGGAAUGGCGAACAGUGCAGACCAUAAUCAGACUGCACUAAUGUACAGGCUGAUCGUGGUCUGUAGUAGUCGCAAAGGCAGAACCACUUGCUGCCAGCAGGCUAAGGGGCAAGAGUAGCGGACAACUCCUAUAAGGUAACCUAAUAUCUUGCCUAAAUUUGAAUGAAAUCGUGUAUAUAUUUUCGAAACAUUUGUAUGACACAAAACUGCAGUUUUUUUUUUAAUUAAUUUGUUUCACAAAAAAAUAUAUUUGAAGAAUUUGAUUGAUCUGAUCCUGUUACCGUGAACUUAAAGGGAUAGAGUCUCGUUUCUUUAAUGUAUUGUGUAAAUAAUUUUAUCGUAUGUGCUCAGUUUAACCCGUCUGGUUCGUUCUAAAUGUAUUAAUACUUUCCACGACACCACUUUUUUUGUCUUAAAGCUUAUGACUAAAUUUUCAGUAACAUAUAUAGACAAUCUGACUAAAGUACUUGAAGAUCUGAGGAUGACCCAUUCACAUUUAUCUUUCUGUAUAUUUAGAUUUCCGAAGUUAUUUUUAUUUUCACACAUAUUUUUAAUUGAACCAGUCAGACCAUCAAAAUAGCGUUGAAUGUCAAUAUGCAGUAAGUCCGGGGCUCGAAGCCGGGACAACGAGUUCGCUUACAGGGCGUGUGCUUUACUGACUGAGCUAACCAGUUGUCUGACAGCAUACUUGACCAAAUUCAUACCGUGACAUAUAUCUUCUCUCAAAACGCUAGGGUGUGUCGCGAUGUGGUCGUCAUAAAAAUUAUAGAUAUGAAAAUCACAGGCUAAAUAUAAAUUUUUUAAACCUCUACUUUCACUUACGAAAUGUUGACAGCAAGGCUCUGAUUUGCUGGCGGAAGGGUAGUCACAACAACGCUAUCAAUAGCACGUCUUCAGAUCCUAAGCGUAGCGUAAUUGAAUAUGUACUCUAGAUUACAGAUGUAGAGUUUGUGAGAUUAGCUUCCGUAGAUUUAAACUAACGCAAUUCAUUUAAAGGCAAUUUGGGUCAAUAUUGCGGAAUGGUAUUACUUUUGUAUCUUGUGUUGACGUCGUUUCAGGUACAAGAGUCGUUUAUCAAAUGACUUUGUCUGUACCAGGUAGACAAAGAAUAACUUGUAAUGUUUCAGCAGAAUAAGGUGUGAUGUGACAAUAGCAUAUCACCUUAAGGGUCCUUCGAAAUAUAUAGCAUAAUAAAAGCAGUACGUAAUAGGACAUAGAAUAAUAUACGUUAUACAAGAUAUGUUCAACGUUUUUUAACACAAUACAAACCAGUAUAUGUUUAAUGAUUUAAUGAUUUACAUCUAUUGUAUUUUACGUUUGAUUUGAGAUCCUAGACAUUAAAAAUCAUUCUGUAAUCAAGACAUUGUCAUUGUUUGAAGAGUAAAUUGUUUCAGUUUUAAGACGUUUAGGUUCUUUUAGUUAGUUUCUGCAGUCAUCUCUUCCGGACUCUCAAUACUAGUAUAUCAUUGUUCAUUAGGAUGCGUCCUUAGAUCUUGGAGUUAAUUCUUCGGGAGUUAUAAAAUUGUUUUUCCUAAGUUUACGACAGUGCAACGACUGUGAAGAUUAAUGUCUGGAUGUUUCUUGAUAUCAAAAUAACUGAUUCUGAAUUCCAUUGAGUAAACAAAGGCAUACUAUAUAGCUAACGACCAGCUUCACUGUGUAUAUGGUAUAAUUCGGCGGACCCGGAUAUUUUGGGUUAAAUUGAUGCUAUGGUAAAAUCAUAUGAUAUUACUAUGUAAAAACAUAUUAGAUGCAAUUUCAACAAUUUUAUACAUGUUCUGUUGGUCUAUGUAAACAAUUAGUACUACAGAGAAGUAUUUAUAAAUGGAAUGGAAAAAAGCUGUCUGUAAUUAAAGCUGGAUAUAGGAUAUCAUCGUUGAUCACUAACAAUGUACUUGUAACAAUGCAGUUUUGUAAUAAAUAGUCAAAGCAA